GGGACAAUCAUGGGCAUACCAACCGCGCUCGACGACAUCCACGGCAUUGCCGCGAAUGCGUGGGACGAAUUGGCCAUUCCAUCUGGAUCGUCUGUGGAUCGCAUCGUGUCUGUGUAUCGGGAAAUCUGCCUCAAGCGCGCUCUGGGCAUGGAGCUGGACAAGGAAUUCUUCAAGAAGGCGGUCGCGUACCGCUUCCUCAACUCGAUUCCCCUAGCACGGAAAGAGUACCGAGCCGACGACAUCUUGCCGCUUCUGCAUUCCCUCGACGCCACAGGCGACAUGACUGACCCGUCACGAAGUGUCCGAGCCUGUGCAAUGCUCGACGUGUCCAUCGGGUGCAUGGAGCGAGCGCAGAGCCCAUGGCAGCUUCCUUACGUCAACUACGUGAUCAACGUGCAUUAUUGCAUGCGAAAGCACGUCGUUCGGCGACGGUACUCGGAGUUCCUGGCGUUGCACGACUCGCUGAUGCAGAAACUACCCGUGAUUCCCCAUGUUCGUUUUCGUUCCUAGCUACAACAACGAAACAAGUCACGUCCUUGCGCUGUGUGUACGUAGCUGCCAGCAAAGUCGUGGCGGUACAAGCUCGUCAUGCCAAGCGACCGCGCGCGCGACCUCGUGCUGUACUUGAGUCGGAUCAUCCAGCUCCUCACGUAUCGCAAACUCUUCUCCACAGACAUCAUGGCGUUCUUAGAGAUCGACUAUUGCAAACUCCGAUCGGAAGAGGAAGCGUUGUCGGCGGACGCGCUCAACCGCAUCGCGCCAGUGUUGGACGGAUCGAUCGUGUUCCUUGUGGACUCGUCGUGGAUGACUCAAUGGCGAAACUUUGUCCUGGAUAAGGAUGGCAUGUCGCCGCCAGGGCCGAUUUCCAACGCCGACUUGCUGGACGAUCACGGCCGGCCCAAGAAGCACAUGGUCGUGCCACGUCAUUACCGAUUCCUCAGCGCCGCCGCGUGGAAGUUCUUCCGACUCAUCUACCGCGGCGGACCCGAAAUCACGCGCAACACAAAGUCCAUCUACGCGCCUCGGGUGUUCAGCCCUGAGAUGGCAUGCUUGAAGGUCCAGACGUUCGUGCGGGGCUUCUUGGCGCGGUCCCACGCGCAUCGCCGCCGACAUGCAAUGGGGUUCCGCCGACCCAUCAUGGAGCGGUCUUUCGAAGCCAUGGAGACGCUCCAGCUCACCGAGCGAAAGAUGCAGACGAUUCGGUCCUUGGUCGAGCUCAAACUCGCGCAGAACCGGCACUUGGCCGCCGUGACCAUCCAGCAAGCGUACAAGCGAUACAUGCAUCGUGUCUUGUACGCCGACGACGUCCCAGUCAAGGUCGAGUCGAACGUGCUGCCAGAUGUGGCGGCGGACUACUUUACGCUCCAAGAGAUUGGUUUGAUCGAGGACGACGCCGCGCGCCUCGUCCAGUUUAUCCACACGAUGCAAAAAGGCGUGGCCAUCAUGAAGCUGAGCUCGCGGUAUAAACCGACGCCGAAACUCAAGUUUUUCAAACUCGACCGCAUCGGAAGCCAACUCAUGUGGACGUGCAAAGCCAAGCCGUCGCCCAAGUCGAUCGUGUUGGCCAAAUGCAAACGCAUUACGAUGGAGUCCCCUGUCCUCCUCAAGUCUGUGCUGGGAAUACGGUCCAAACAGACGGCGGCGCAUGAUCAUGGUGUGGUCCUGACGCUCGUGGACAAGGAGGUGGUGCUACUGGCUGACUCGGCGUGUGCGGGUAACGCGCUGUUCUUUGGGCUGCAAGUGCUCAUCAAGGAAGGCAAGGAAUCGAUGAAAGCUCCCAACCUGUACGACCAAGACGGCGUCAUGCGGCGCCAACUUGUGCACGCCAAGGACGUCGUGCGGCAGGCGUUGGCCGUGCACGACGACCUUGACAUGUAGUAGCUAGUUCGUUACUCGUAGCACUAAUGACAGAUUACAAGUAACGUUAGCCCGAGAGUUCUCGCAUAAUAGACAUAC